AUGGGCUUGGUCAACGCUAAGAACAACGUGCCUCAGCACCAGCGCUUCUACCAGCAAGCUUACAAGGCUCAUACUCGUCUUUGGAUGAUUAACAGCCGAAGCCGCUGGUACAUGACUCCUUACCUCAUUGUUCUCUGGGGCACCUUUGGAGCGACCCUGUACGCAGCCGGUCGCAAGGUCACCGGUCACAACACUUGGUUCGGCAAGGAUUAA